CGCGAUGCUGCUGCUGGCGGCCGCCUUCAUCGUAGCGUUCGUGCUGCUGCUCUACAUGGUCUCUCCGCUCAUCAGCCCCAAGCCCCUCGCCCUGCCCGGGGCCCAUGUAGUGGUUACUGGAGGAUCCAGUGGCAUUGGAAAAUGUAUUGCGAUUGAGUGUUAUAAGCAAGGGGCAUUCAUAACCUUGGUUGCAAGAGAUGAGAACAAGUUGCUCCAGGCAAAGAAAGAAAUUGAAAAACACUCUAUUAAUGAUAAACAGGUCGUGCUUUGUAUAUCUGUUGAUGUAUCUCAAGACUAUGGACAAGUGGAGAACGUCAUUAAACAAGCACAAGAAAAGCUGGGCCCUGUUGACAUGCUCGUAAACUGUGCUGGGACAUCGGUUUCAGGAAAAUUUGAAGAUCUUGAAAUAAAUUAUUUUGAAAGAUUAAUGAAUAUAAAUUAUUUGGGCAGUGUGUACCCCAGCCGUGCAGUGAUAACUACCAUGAAAGAAAGAAGGAUGGGCAGAAUUGUCUUUGUGUCCUCCCAGGCAGGACAAUUAGGGUUAUUUGGCUUUACUGCAUACUCAUCAUCCAAGUUUGCCCUUAGAGGAUUGGCUGAAGCUCUGCAGAUGGAGGUGAAGCCAUAUAACAUCUAUAUAACAAUUGCCUAUCCACCAGAUACAGACACCCCAGGUUUUGCAGAAGAAAAGAAAACAAAGCCUUUAGAGACUCAGCUUAUUUCAGAGACCUCAUCACUUUGUAAACCAGAACAAGUGGCAAAACAAAUUGUCAAAGAUGCCACGCAAGGAAAUUUUAAUAGUUCCAUUGGCUCAGAUGGAUACAUGCUGUCCUCACUGACCUGUGGGAUGUCACCAGUAACUUCUAUUACAGAAGGUCUCCAGCAGAUAGUCACCAUGGGUCUUUUCCGAACUAUUGCUUUAUUCUACCUUGGAAGUUUCGAUAGCAUCAUCCGACGAUGUAUGAUCCAGAAGGCAAAGUCUGAAACUGUGGACAAAACAGCUUGAUCGUCAUUCCAAAAAGCAAAGAAUGGUUUAUUCAACAAUUUGGACAGCUUGCUGCUAACUGGGAUCUGACCUGUAGACUGGUGCAAGGGGGUUUGGAUGCAUGGAGUUUGAACAGCUGUUUUUUCUUCGGGAACCUGGAUGAAAGCAAGAAGACAAAAAUAGAAUUCCAGGAGAUAUUAAUACUAUGCAAAUAUGAGGAUGAAGACUUUUUGAUUCUCUGGGUUCUGAGGUAGAGAGAUGGUGUGGGAAAUGAUGGACUGUAAGAAGUGGGAGAAAACAUGACUUUGGACUGGGUUACUUGUUGGUAAUUCUAAACACUGACUUGUAUUUCUUUUCUCUUAUUCUUUCCCCAUCCCCCUACCCCUGGUGGUGAUAGAGACCAAAAAUGAAUUUUGUGGCACAUAAAGUCAUGAAGAUUUUUUUAAUUAUUUAGGUCUCAACCAAUUUUUAGGGUGGUUUUCAAAACUCAGCUUACUUGAUUCAUGACAAUUUUUUCCCAUUGUCAGUAGGUUUAAACUGAUACCCUUUUACAGUAUAGCCAUCACGCUUCUAUAUGCUCCUGGUGGAAAAAUGUUAGAUGGCAGCAUUAUCUCUCAACAAUCCCAAAUGGAAACAAAUUCUGCUGUAUGACUACAGCUACAAAUUGGGGGUAAGAGGAGGUGGGGGGAGGUAGAGAGCAGGGUGGUAACACAAGGCAUAAUUUAAAGACGAAUAUUUCCUAAAGAGAGUUUUAAAAAAUUUCUCUCCAGGUUAAAAUGCUUGGGGAAAUUUCCCUCUACUAACCUAUGGUGAAAAGGCAGUCUUCUAAAAUGAUGUUUUGAAGAAAAAAUAAAAUUUUAGAAACUUCAUUGUUUACAAUAUCUUAAAUAGCCAUAACCUGAAAUUCAUAUAUUCCCUUUUAUCCUAUUCAUUUCCUUCCCUCUUCACUUUUACCUAAAAUACUACUGUAAUAUUUACAUAAAAAAUUAAAUUUAAUAAGAGAAUUUGUGUCGAUUAAAACACAAGUUGUGAAAUUCUUGCAGUGGCAUAUACUUAACUUUCAUGAAGGCUGAAGAUUGAAUAGAUAAAUUUUGUUCCCUAGGGUACCAUUCAUUGAGAUGGUAAGUCCCGUGAUGCAUCUGUUCAAACCAAACAACACACAAGACCAAUGUCACACUUUUCUAUAAAUUUAUUAGGACAACCCACACUUUGCUAUGAGAGAGCCUUACCUUUGCACCAUAUGUUAAUGAUGCCUACAUAACCUACCCUCGCAAUGCUUUUAUAAGCUGUUAUCUCUAAGAGCCCCCUUGCUCCCAGGAAUGCUGUUUCCAAUGAGCAGGACCAUUGUUCAUUUAAUGGACUUCCAUAGUAAGUGCCUAUGAUGAGCUUUAGCAAAUGCUGCUUGUUUCAUACUGGCCAUUAUUAGCUCUUCUCAGUUGGAGGGCUGUUGUCUGCAUUUCCAUUCUAGAGUCCUCUCCUAGGUACAUUUGUGUAGUGAGGCCAUUUGGAUUCACUUUUAUGGAAACAGGCCUCUUCUGGUGGUCACACAGAAAGGAUUUUGUUUAAAAAAAUCAUAUAUGUAUGUGUAUAUAUACAUAUAGGUAUACAUAUAUACUUGUAGCAAAACUGGGGAGGAGAGUAAAUAUAUUGCUCUUGAUCUUUGGAACUUCUUGGUUUAAUUUUAAAAUAAAAUGGUAUUGUAUGCCUUUAAUCCAUGAUAGCUUGAUGUAAUUUGCUUGCAGUGACUUCAUAACAUUAGACAAGGUGACAAUAAUACUUUCUUAGUUGUGGCAUCCAGGGUAGUCUAAAGAAAUGACUUUUAGACCAAGCAAAGUUGCAUAUGACAGCAGAUCUGCUGAAGUGGUAUUUCAAGGAAAUAUCAGGCUUUUUUGUUAUAUAUGUAUUCCUUGUAAUAUACAGCUAUACCAUUAAAAGGAUCUGACCUCAACCAAAGCACGAGAAUGUUUUAAAGGCUAUAGCUCUAGUUUUUUCCCAGCUGGCUCAGGUAGGCAAAUGACUCUCAUAGCACUAGCCUUUUUCUUCCAAAAGUUUCCUGAGCCAGAUUAUUUUGAUAGCAUCCCUUCUUAGGGCCCCCUUCCUUCAGAGAUCUCAUUUUAUGCCUGCAAACAGGGUAAAUUGUGCCCGUGGUAAAAGAUAUUCAAUUAUAGUUAUACUCAAAAGUUGGUCUUACUUCUCUAUGUGAUCUGCAACAGUUUAUUACAAGAAUUUCAGUUCUGGAGUCCUUGGCUUUGAAUGGUUUGGGUUGCAUUGUUUUAUUAUAUGUAUAUUUAUUUUUAAAACUUUUAAUUGCAUUUAGUUUUAAAAGUUCUAUAAGAAGUUUAGAGAACCAUUCAUUUUGGAGAGAGUUAUAAAACAGUUAUCCUAGUUUUUAAAGGAAAAAUCCCUAUUGAUCAUUUUUUUGUCCAGGUUAAUAAUUUGCACAGCUGAUAGAAGAAAAGCUAAAAUAUUAUAUUAUUGUGAGCUUCGCAGGUUGACAUCCUAAUGACACUAAGUUUUACAUGUUUACUGCAGAUUCUUUCUUUGGUUAUGUUUAGUAUAUUACUGACAGUUUCUGCAUAAGCCUUUCAAGAGGAUUUUUCAGUAGGUUAAAUGGCAAAAGUAUUAUUUUGGUGAAGAUACAAAGAGAGAAAAAGUAGAUCGUGUGUCUCUACCAGGCAAAAUGGAUACUAAAAUAACUUUUUUCCCCCACCAUUAUCUGAACCACAGAUUUAAUCAAUUUGUUGCAUCAUGUUCUCAAUAAAAAAAUGGAUGUCCAUUUGUGACCAACUUUCAAAAUUUGUACUUUUUUUGAUAGUCUAAUGCAUUGUAUCUUUCUCGUUUCUCUAUCAUUCCCAGGAGGCAUUACAUUUAAUGUAUACACUAAUCACGAUGUAACUCCAACUAUCCUAAAUCUCCCUGCUUAUAACCAUGGUGUGGGGCAGUAACAAUAGAUUUGAUAUUUUAUUAAGCCUAAAAAGAGGGAAAUAGCUAGUUAUAUUUUUCUUGAUGUGAAAAUUCUACACACUUUUAAACUGAAAAGGAUGUGUGUAUAUGUCUAUUUUGAUACAUACCAGAGCUUGGGCUUGCUGCUUUGUGAGCAUUUGUGCCAGAAAUGUAAACUAAUUUUCAUAUCUUGUAUUUCUCAGAAACAAAAAAUAAAUGGGGAAUGAGGUUUACA